GAGGAAAGCCUCUAGAGCCCGGAGAGGGCAAACACACACACCCCGCCAUGGUGUAGGAGGCCGCCUAGGUCAUGGCACAGCCACAAACACCCAGCAGCCUUGCUAAAAUUUUUGAAGCCCACCCCUGGCCUAUUGUUAACUUGUUAACCUGACAAAAAUAGGAAAUGUUUAUGUUGCUUUGACAGGAAUGCUUCAGAAUGGAAAGAAGUUUGAUUCCUCCCGAGAUCGAAACAAACCUUUCAGGUUCAAGGUUGGUAGACAAGAAGUCAUUAAAGGGUUUGAAGAAGGAGCUGCACAGAUGAGCCUUGGACAACGGGCAAAGCUCACUUGUACACCUGAUAUGGCAUAUGGAAUAACAGGUCAUCCUGGAGUUAUCCCAUCCAAUGCUACUUUGAUUUUUGAUGUGGAGCUGCUCAGGAUAGAAUAAAGUCGGGACUAAAAAUUAAAAAAAAAACCUGUUCAUCAGUGUUCUUUCCCCAUUCUUUUAUAAUGGAAGAAAUCUCACUGAAAUUUAUAUCUUCACUCAAGUUGUCAUGCCAAUAAUGCUUAUGAAGUUGUUUUGCCUACUUCCUUUCCCUCUUUUUUUUAAAAAAAACACCUGAUUAUUGGUAUUUGUUCAGUUGGUUGCUUCUUUACUAUGGAAUGCAAGUUGUACAUUUUAUUUUGCACGUGAAGCUUCAAAAUUGUGAUUAGAAUUAUAUAUAUAUAAUUGAAAGCUAUAUAUACAGAUUUUACUUAUUGAACAACCACUGCCUUAUAAUACACUAAAGGAACACAGGUGCUCAGAAAACAAGUGUACAUUGUGUACACAAGUGGGCAUUAGCCAAACCAAGUUACCUGCGCUGCCACUUUUUUCUCAAGCUGUUCCACUUGCAGCUGUUUUAAUUAACACAUGUGAAAACUUUUCAGAAAAAUAAAGUAUUGAUAUUUUC